CGGCAUCCGCAAUGCCCUCGAUAUUGUGGAGCUCACGAAGAAGGAGCUGCCCUUGCCAUAGAGGAACCUCGUUAACACGCCACACCUCCUCAGCUUCUUUUUGAACUUUGUCCUGCGGAACCGUGUUCUCCCAAAAGUCUCACAUGAACGCGGCAUCCGCAAUGCCCUCGAUAUUGUGGAGCUCGCGAAGAAGGAGCUGCCCUUGACAUACAAGAUUGGGCGGGCGUUACCCGAUGUGCUCAGCACUCUCAAAGAACAUGGGCGACAAACUCGACAAGGAGAAGGGCCGCGAGUCUAUCGAAGCACCUGACUUUAAACGAAACGCUUCCACUGACCUCAUUCGUCAACGAGCCGUCAAACGCGAACGCUCCACCCCCACCAAACCUGACCUCAGGCCUAGUGCUGAGUUCAGAGAGGGCCGCAGACGCAGGAGAGGUGACGGUUCCUCUGGCACUAACCAUGCCUCUUUAGAUGCUCUAUCCACCCACGAAGAACUCGACAUUCUCAAAGUCGAGCAUUCCCAUACUUUCUCCUCCCAAACUUGUGCCCUUCAAGAUCUCCAAACCCAAGAAAAAGACCUGCGCUCACAGUUUGAAGUCGCAGUAUGGGAAAAGGCAGAGAAGCGCACGGGGUCAUUGAUGGAUGAAGUUGCGAAGUUGAGGAGGAUGGUGCACGAGAUGCAGCAGACGAUUCAGAGUGCAGUUGCACAAGGAGCGGGAUUGGGAUUGGGAUUGGGAUUUAAUUGGGAGGGUGUGAUCCAGGACGAGUUCUAUGGACAGUAUUUUGAAGAUCCUGGCUGCAUCUGGUGCAAGGAGGGUCAGUGUCAGUUCGAGCGUGCCCAGCAGAUAGGAAGGAAAUGCGACGGCGAGCACUGA